AUGAGUUGCUCCUUUUUUCCCGAAGAUUCACAUUGUGGACCUGCACCGGGAAAAGAGGAUAUUACUAUCGUUCCAGUAAAGUCGUGUGCGAAUAAUAUAUUUGACCAUCUGUCCGCACUCGGUGUAAGUGGAAAAACGCAAAGUGGAAAUACGCAAAUUGUCGAAGCUGAAGUCCUUUUUAACCGUGGCGGUUUUAUCGCGCCCAGCCAAAAACAGGUAGACGAAUUGACUGAGUGCCCACGGCAUAGAUAUCUCUUGACCUAUGGAUGGCCGGGUAGAAAGCGAUUGACAUGUUUUCAUCCUGAUCAUCUGGGAAAGCUCACGAAGCAGAAUAAUGCUCGACGCGUCAACCUGGAAAUGUCGAGAAGCAUAUAUUUCUUAGAAAACCAUUCAGUUCUACUUGGAGCAGGUAUGAGAAAACAUUAGUACAUGCAUUGAUAGAACACUUCUUGCUGGAGAACAUUAUCAGUGACUUACAGUUAUCAUAACUGAGCUUGGGUAGCCUGUGAUUAUACAGAAAGGAUCUUAUUUUUUUGGUAUCUUGAGUAGAAACCCUAGUUUAUUUCCAUCACGACUGUGUAAAGAGUGAGAAAGGAGUGAAUGUUCCUUAUUUUUCCACCCCAGCAUUUUUUGUGAGAGAAAACAAAAUCAGGACACGUUAUUUAUUUAUCUAUUAAUUUAUUUUGCCUUGGCCUCGUUAGUUAUAUGUACAAAGUGCAGAAAAAGACACUACCAGAUACGAUAAGUAAAGCAACUUGAGACAACUGUAGUGGUAAGUUCAUACUACCUUGAUUAGCAAUUUUACAUUACAGUUAAAUUUGAAAAGCGAAUGACACAUGUAACUAAAUCACAUAAAUAAAACGCAUAGUGGUUACCGUGUGGCACUAAAUUUUUCUCGUGGAUGCUAAAUUUUGCGGGGGUGCUUUGCGGGGACUAUGUUGUGAAUUAAUGAAGACUUAACAGCAAGAGAGGAUAAAGGGGACAGAAAAGGCAUCCCCCAUACACACCCUAUUCCACAGGUAAUUCGUCUCGAGUUAUUUUUAACACCACAGAUCUCAAGGGGGAUUAGACAACAGCCAAUCACAUAGCGCGAAUGUGUUCUGCGUGGAUGACCCACGCUCAGAGGCACGCAUCCUUCACGAAUUGACGCAGAACAAAAGGGCGGAAGACGAGGAGAUUGAUAUUGCUAUUCGUUUUGUCGACGAAAACGACUGCAGAGAGAUUUCUCCUAAAGCUGUGCCAGCGAAACGGAAAUUUAAAAAAAAUCGCCCUUCCUCUCUUGUAUAGAGCUAACAGUACAGCAGAGAAAUCCUUAACACACUGAAUAUUCUCUCAGGAUCAUUUAUAAUUUACAGUUUGAAGAGAGCAAUUUCUGGUUUGAUAUUUAUUCUUUUAUUAGUCUUUUAUUAUUCAACAAAAAUAACAAUUGGCGUCCUACUUGCUUUAUUGUACAAACGACCGGCGAAAUUUCUCAUUUUAUUAAAGCACUGAGGUUACGACAUGUUUUGCACGGCGUUUAGUCAUGCGAAACUUCCACGAAACAUCCACGCAGCGCGCGAGGUAACUUUAUCCCGAUUCUAAAAAUAACUCGAGACGAAUUUCCUAUGGAAUAGGGUAUGUAUGGGGGAUGCCUUCUCUGUCCCCUUUAUCCUCUCCUGUUAACAGCUAUUUCGAGAAAGGUUGUCGGAAAAAAUGUGCACGCGACAAUCCUGAAAGGUUUGGGAUAUUAUCAAUACACUGAUCCUGACACUGUAGCUGUCAAACCUACUUUUGUUGCUUUUCUUUAGCACUCGCAAACAUACCUCCAUGGCCUCUCUCGUGCCAUUCUUUCAAAAUUUCUUUAAAGAACAGUAAACUCAAAACCACCCACAACUAUACCUUUCGGGAUUGUCGCGUGCACUUUUUCCGACAACCUUCCUCGAAAUAGCUGUAUACUCUUAGUAAGUUGGCGAAAACAAUUUUGUGUUAAUUGCAUUAAUGUGCUAAUGAAACUGGUGGGACAAACAAAAUCAAAGGAAUUAGUAAGCUCAACAAUUUUGAGUUUACAGAAGAGGGAAUUCGCAUUUGGAGUGCAUACCAAAUUGGUCCCGGAAAACUGGUGUCGUGUGAAGGAAUGAAACCACAGGGAAAGACUGGAUUGAAGUUGUUACAACCUUUUGGGGCAAUAGCCCAGGCCCAAGGCAUUUUCAACACGAGGCCCACUUAUAAAGAGCGAUCCGCCAAAAAUAAGGUCUGUGUGGUAAGGUUUGAAAACGAAAACGAAGCACAAAAUCAUAUGGACACUGGAGUUCAUAAGCUUGUUUUGGAACGUGAAACACUUUACGACAGUGUGCGAAGAAAAUGGGCGCAGCAUGUUACCGAAAUAGCUUCCCGGACGACUCUGAGCGUGCCAACUACAUCAACCCGAGCGCUUCGUACAAGCAACGGAAAUGAAGCUCCCACUUCGCAGGGUUGGGCACUAAAAGGUCAAAAAACUGCUACUGAGACCUCCAAGAACGUUAAAAGUUUUUUGAUUGCAAAAUUCAAUGAGGGCCUUAGUGGCCAGAAGGCAAAUCCGUCAGAAGUCGCAAAGGAGAUGCAGGAAGCUAAAUACUCGAAUGGUUCACCUGUAUUUUUGCCAGAGGACUGGAAAACUGCACGGCAAAUAAGCAGCUUUUUUUCCCGACUGUCAGCAUUAAAGAAAAGCAGUCAUGUCGCUUCAGUAACAUUACGUGAUGAAGAAAAUGUCGAUGAAGAGGAUCUUAGGAGCUGGGAAGGUCACUUAGAAGCAGAGAGUAUACGGAAGGAAGUGUACAGUGCAGUGGAUCUUCAACACCCAGUUUAUUCUGAAGGCCACAAUAUUUGCUUGAUGGCAAAAGAAAGAAAGCUUAAAAAUCUCAAAGUGGUAGACCUAAAGAACAUCUGUACAAAUCUUUCUUUGACGACCACUGGAAAUCAGCAAAGAAAAGUUACCUUCAUAAACGCCAUUGAGGAGUUAGUUAAUUCUUGUUCAUGUAGCAAUUUGUUGUAA